AUGCUUGUCUCCUGCACACUUUAUGUGGCUGACGGGUCACGACUGGUGGUGGACCGCUUUCUGACAAAAAUGCCGGACGAGCGGUACACGAUAGGUGAAUCGGAGACGACGUAUCUUAAGCAGAUUGAGCACAUUCUCGAAGCCGCGGUGUCGCAUUGGCGAUUUUUCGCCCUCUCGAAGCGCUUUUGCACCUUUUCCUCUUCCCAGGUCGUUUCCGCUGCAGAGGAGUUGAUUACAUGUGCUUCAGGCACUGCCUCGACGGAGUCGUCCACACUUCGCUUUGGGAAAUUUUCCUUGACGCGCGUUAGUCACGCCGUGUUUCCGUUUCUUAUUGAGCGGCUUGUGGGGGUUUUUCAGCCUUUUUCACCGGUUUGCUUCCUCAAGCGACCCAAUGCCCCGCCCCUGCACAUAGCUGGUUUCCCGUGGCGGUGGAUUGAGCAGCUGCAGGCGGAACCCCAGGCGGAGCAGAUCGAGGUUUACCUCACUUGUGGCUACCAGAUUACGAUGCGUGGCGAAAAAAGUGAGGAGCAGGCAGUACAGGCAACUCGCGCCAUGCAUGAACCCAACCCACACCUCCCUCUGAGCCAGGCGACAGUACUGACGCAGAGCCCCUUAUUAAAGGAGCACAAUAUGGAAGUGGGGAUGCCAACGGAACCACGCGUGGUGGCGCGCGUUUCUUUGACGAACGGUGUGACAGCCGCUCUUUUUAAUCUACGCGACUCCGAUAUUGUGCUGCGCUUAAUGGGGCACGUGAUCGCAAAGGCGGAGCAGCAGUCUGACCUGCUACAUGACAUUAUGGUGCAGAGAAUGGGAUUUGCGCUUGCAUCUUACCUCACGGAGCCAGCGUUGGCACACUUUUGCUGUGGUGACGACAGCAAUGUGACUGGGGGAAGGCGGUUAUGCAUUCACGAUGAAACCUACCGAAGACGCAUUAAUCAUGUACGCUUUCCACUUCAAAGCUCGUGCGGUGCCGAUGCUUUGACGAUUGUUGUGGAAGGACUGUUUAACCGCGGACUUAUUGUGAAUGGAGCCUUUGUUGAAGAGGAUGCGGUUCACGUGCUGUAUGACGAAUGCCCCCAGUAUUCCGUGAAGGAAUGCAAGCGAAUUAUGCAGGAAUUGGUAAAGGAUGGCUUGCUUACGAUGUGGAAUAAACCAAGUGGCCGUCGUUUAGCGAACUCAAACCGUAUUCCCGAUGAUGCACUUAUCGCAUGCGACUUUCGCAGACACGUACAGACAGCCCACAUUCUUGUGGAGUCACAACACGCGCGUUCGGGCAUCAUAGAGUCGCUGCAAGCCGCUGAGUCUCUCUUGGGUUUGCCACCGAUGGAGAGCGGGAUACCGUUGGCCAAACUAGUUGUACUUCUCCAGGGCCGCAGCAAACAGAUAUUUGGAGCCCGCGUACAGGACUUUACCCUGCCUCGCCGUUCGCCGUGGUGCCUCUCGGACGACAUUCUUGAUCCCUCCUUGCCCCGGAGAGGCAAACUUGGUUCCGAGUACCGCUUGUCGGUUGACGCAACUCUGCAGUCGUACGUGCAGUAUCUUCUACGCGUCUUUCCGCGGGCACGCGUCAUUGACCUGGACGCCAGCAACUCCAUUGUGUCGUCCGAUGCGACGCUACUGCAUCGCUUUCGUUGCCGCUACGGCAAGGUUGUGACUCCCGACGGAAAUGAGAUAUGUUUUGUGCCUCAUUUGUACUACGUGCUGGUUCCCAUGGAAGACACGCGCACCACGGAGCGCGGCGACGGCGAUCUUGCCGCAUCCGCCUCGCUGAGAAAAGGGGGACUGUUUAUCUUGGAGAUUGGCUUUCAAGUCGUUUAUUUUGCGCUUGACGUGUUCAUGGUCAGCGGGGAGUCUAUGUCUGCCAGCAUGGCUGCUCUCUCCGCCGUCAGAUUUAGGCGUAGCCUCACUUUCAGCAGUGUUCUGUACGACUUGACGGUGAAUCGUAUGCUGCGCUACGUGCAGAUGUAUGCGUCACUCCUGUUUGGUCAAAUGCCGACGUCGGAUGCCCUUGAAAAUCUCGUUAGACAGUACCCGCAUCCGCCGCGUGAAAGUCUCAGCAUUGUGGCUGCCUUUGAUGUCGAGGAGUCCUGCGUGCGGAGGGCGCAGAAAAUUGUGGCAAAAACCUUCUCUGUGGGCCCCGACAGCAACGGUAUGCGGCAGCUGAUCCCAAAACAGGGCGAGGUGCUGCUGAGGGAAUCCACCCAGGAAAGGUACCACUACUGUGGGGUGAUGGUCUGGGCAACCUCACGCCUGUUUGUCUUGCUUUGCACCGUCCGUGACGUCACCGUGUGCGAUCGUUGUGCCAACGGCGACCUUCCCAAACUUGCGCUCGCUGCCAAGCGCCAGUUGCUACAGCUGCUUCUCGACAGUAUGCUCCAGCAGCGACUUGAAUUUGCGUGGGAUAAAAUACGCACACCCCUGGACGCAGACAAUGACAGUGACGCCGAUGAUAGCACUGAUAGUUCCGAGCAAGGACCCUCUAGAGAGGAUCUACGGACGCUGCAAGCACAUUGGAGGAAGUAUCGUCUUGCCAAUGUAUCUAAACCCUUUCUACAGCUUCAGUCUGACUGGAAAUCGAUACUGACGAGACAAAGCGGUGCCAUUUCGGCAGCGUGCGAGCCCAACUACACCCUUCACCUCUUUCUGGAGGAGUCUGGAGGAAAUGUUUAUGGGACGCACGGUAAAGUUAUUGACAACACCAUUGCGUUGACCUUGUCAGCCCGUCGGAUGGAUCGAAGGUGCUUUGUUGCUGUGGAGUUCACAGCUGGUGUGUCGGGUUCCAUCGAGAGUGCCGCGCUCUAUCGUGGGACGAGUGAGCGAGGCGCCGUCAAUAAGCUGCUGGAGGAGGAGGAGGAUGCGGUGUUAAUAGAGCAAACAAUGAAGCUGCUUUCUAGCGCCUUAUGGGGACACAUUUGCCACUGA